AACAAAAGAAAAGUAAUUUGUUGUGAUGUUAAUCCGGUAAUUGAGUGCAAUAGGUGAUAUGACUUUUCGAACUGUACAGCCCCCCUGUAGUUUAGUGGCUGGCCUCUUCCACCGGUUAAGUGUGGCAGGACGGGAGUUUUGGCUAAAAACAAGCGUGCAGGUCUGCCGUAACUGGGGUGUCGAAUUACCGGCAGGCGCGCGCUAUUUCUGAUACUAGGCAACCCGCAAGAUCUUUCCGUAGUCCGCUAGACCCAUAGUUAACAUCGCUUUCUCCAGUUCAGAAGGAUUCAUCAAGAAAAAUACAUACGAAACACUAAUUUAGUCAAUCCACAGAGACAAUCAAAGAUAAAAAAAAUUACAUUGUGUUGUGUGAUGUUCGGGUGUGUAUCGGAUGCCCGGUAUAAUCCGUAGAUAAUCCCAGCGCGUAGACUACAGCGUCCCCGGAGCCCGCACUGCCGGUUGCGCCAGAGAACCUUACUCACCAGGCUCCCCAGGAAUCUGCUCUGACCCACCUCACCAGGAGACGCAGUUCUCUGAGUUGACCAGAUCAACAAACUAUACAAGAUCACACGGACAAACUUAACUUACCGUUAGACUUAACCCGGGCAAAGCAAUGCCGACAGAAAACGGAAUAAUAUGGCAUCCAGUUAAACAAGCACCUGAAGUUACCGAAAAAUUGCUCUAUGAAAAUGGGCUGUACAAAGGACAGAAUGGAAGCUCUCCUUCCGACGAUAGUCUGUCUAGCUCGGGCCACAAACAAACAGUUCACCUGGAAAAGAAGAUCGGGCUAUUUAGCGGAGUAGGGCUUAUUGUGGGUACUAUGAUUGGGUCGGGUAUAUUCAUCUCCCCGCAGGGUGUAUUACGGGCGACCGGGUCUGUGGGUCUAAGUCUGAUCGUUUGGGGGGCCACGGGAAUUUGGUGUACCUUAGGGGCACUUGCCUAUGCCGAGCUCGGUACAAUGAUCAACAAAUCAGGGGCAGAGUAUUCUUACCUGUUAGAAACCUUCCGGCCUAUGCACAAGAACCUUGGUGCCAUUCCAGCUUAUAUCUUCUCAUGGGUGUCCGUCAUCAUUAUAAGACCCUCCGCCUUUGCCAUUAUUGCUCUUAGUUUCGGGACGUACGCCGUCACACCAUUCUUUGAGGGUUGCGACCCACCAGAUACCGCCAAGAAGCUGGCCGCCAUCUGGUGUAUAUGCACAAUCGCCUUUGUAAACUGUUGGAGCGUAAAAUGGGCGACAAACUUACAGAAUAUCUUCACCGUCACCAAACUCCUGGCUGUGGGGGUCAUUAUUGGCGGGGGUGUAUACAACAUAGCUACAGGGGAGUAUGGGGACCUAUUAACAGGCUUUGAAGGAUCGUCGGCAUCUCCGUCCAUGUUAGCUUUGGCGUUUUACGACGGUCUCUGGGCGUAUGAUGGAUGGAGCAGUUUAAACUUUGUCACAGAAGAAAUGAAAAACCCAUAUGUAAACUUGCCCAGGUCCAUAUUAAUAGGCCUUCCGUUGGUAACGAUAAGUUACGUGCUCAUCAACGUAUCUUACUUAACUGUUAUUCCCAAACUACAACUUCUGGCAACUCAGGCUGUGGCAGUGACCUGGGGAGAUCAGAUGCUUGGGAUCGCGUCGUUUAUCAUUCCACUUUCGGUCGCUUUCUCUACGUUUGGAUCCGCUAACGGAACCUGCUUCACAGCUGGAAGACUAAGUUAUGCUGCAGCUCGAGAAGGUCAUAUAAUGGAGUUCUUAUCCUAUGUCAACGUCAAGCGCCUAACCCCGUCACCUUCUAUAUUGUUUAUGAGUAUUAUGGCCAUUUUGAUGAUUAUCAUGGGCAACAUCAACAGUCUUAUAGACUGCUUCAGUUUUCUCAUGUUAUUUUUCUACGCCGCCUCCAUGGUUUGCCUUCUCAUAUUACGUCAAACGCGACCCGAUUUACACCGACCGUAUAAGGUGCCGUUAUUUAUCCCGUGGGUGGUGCUGAUUGUCUCCCUCUACAUGGUUAUCUCCCCUAUCAUUCAGAACCCCCAGGUGGAGUUCCUAUAUGCGGCCCUGUUUGCCUUCAGCGGACUCGUGUUUUACGUGCCAUGUGUCGUCUACAAAUUCCAACCUGUCCUCCUCAAGAAAUUUACGAAACUUAUGCAGCUGAUGAUGUGGGUCGCCCCAACAUCGUACGAAGAUUAACUUCAAAUUCAUCACUUGGAGCGGACGUGUACAGCUGCUGUUAACAAUCACCCCUGCAAAUAAGCCUGUGUGAGAUUGACAGCAGAUUAUGCGGUUAUAAACUUGGUUCCAGGUCUGGAUCGUCUAACCGAGCUUAUUUUUUCCACGCGAAUGAAGCACAGUGUUUUCGUUGACCCUCAUUGGCCCAACGAACUAAUUGUCUUCUUCAGAAGUCCACCAAUGAUGUGAUAGGUUGGAGUCCAGCUCUUGCUGCUUCUCCGGCUGCUGUGAUUCAGUUGGUUCGUCGAUUACAUGACGCUGUGUGAUGGUUUCUCCUCUAUUUCUUUCACCCAUAAAACUGGUCAUCGUGUGAGGGAUUGCGGGGGUAAACAGCAUGGGGCAGGUGUAUCAGCAUGGGUUAAAAUCGUGUAUCACUACAAUAAGAUGCACACGUAUGACUUUGAUUUAUUUAUUUAUUUGAUUGGUGCUUUACGCCGUACUCAAGAAUAUUUCACUUAUACGGCCCACGACUAUCCGCAGGUUGCUUGCAGACCUUCCCACGUACGGUCGGAGAGGAAGCCAGCAUGAUGUAAAUGAACUCACAGCGACCGCUUUGGUGAGAGGCUCCUUGGUCAUUACGCUGCGCCAGCGAGCUGACCAACUGAGUCACGGAGAUCCCCUUCCCCCAUAUGACUUUCGUGUAUUUCGGAUAUGUUGUAUCAAUGUCAUUAAUGCUCAAAACGCCAGUAUUAUCUGAUCAAAGAUGAGUUCAAACUACUAGAACUAUUUCAGUAUUUUUUUUCUAUUUCCUUCAGGAAAUUAUUUGAAAACUCAACAAAUACUGGCCCCUGUGGAUGUAAGCUUUUACUUUAAACAUUACGAUGCUAUAGAUGUUGCCCAUACGUCAUUUUUAUCAUGGUCUGUACAACAUGGUGUAAUAGCAUUUGUUAAAUAUCCACUCCAUCCUACUCUGUAUCAUUCGUUACUACAUCGCCCAUGUUGAUAAUGUAUCGCCAUUUUGACAUUGCUAUUAUCAUAAUUGUUAUCACAUUUAUUGUAACCAUCACAUUUAAGUUUUGCAUUUGUGGUCGAAAUUUAUGGCCACCAUGACGUCAUAUAUCAUCUAUCUACAUUGUGAUGUUACAUUUUUUCUGUUUUAAGCGCUGAAAGAAUUGUGAGUGUUUGAAAUCAUUUUACCUAGACGUCUCUUUUUUGCAUGGUAACCACCGGUCAUGGGUAUCCGGUAGAUCAUUAUAUGCUUCCUGCAUUUUGUUACUCAUUGUACAGUCAUAAUAUCUGCAGAUGCAUUUCGGCUAUCCACGUGCUGGUCACGCCAUGUUUGGCCGUGGUUGAGUGUGCAUAUUCUGACGAUGGAUACAUGACUGAGGGGAAGGGGGAGAGGGUGCGCAUCAGUUGGGUGCGGGCUGGGGGUGGCUGUAUCUGAACCCUAGGGAUACUGAAAGCGUAUCAUUCCUAUACUCUGUGUCGCUGGAAGACAAAGUUUUUCAUAAAUAUACUUCUUACAUAUGUUCAUUAUGUUUAUUUGGCUGAUUUAAAAAUCCAUAUAUAAAAUGGAUAUCACGGAUGAAACAAAGCACAAAAGAACAAUAACACAUGUGCUUAUGCAACUGACAAUUUUGUAUACCUAUUUUUUCGGCAAUAAUCAUACUGUGCUAAGAAGUGAGAGCAGAUCAAAAUGCCCAGGAAAUUUCAAUGUAGAAAUAAUUUAAACACCAGAUAUUAGUGAUAGCCAAAGUCUUGUGGAAUGCACCUGUGGGAAUAACUUCAUGUCUAUGUAAUGAAGAGGUGAAUAACUCUUUUGACGUCAUCAAAAGCCAUGGUGCUGAUUUCCAAUAACUGACAUCUUUCUAAGGAUGCAUUCGUGUAGUGUCCUUUCUUACUUCCCAGCAAUGAAAGUAGUUUUUUUACAGACAUAGUUUAGGAUUAUUUCGGCGUUAGGUAAAAUUAGUUUGUUUACUCUCCUUUCAGCUCCCCGCCAUAAUAUGUGUUACUUGCCAUUGUCACGACACACGGUUUCAAAUUCAAAAAUAAAGACCUCACAAAGGCCUUUUGCAUGGAUUUGGACCUAUUAGAAAACGGAUUUUCAUGACAGUCACUCAAGAGUCUGUAAGGUGUACACAUAACAUUAUCUUAUCUGUGAUCACGAAGCCAUAAAGCUGGAAUCAAAGUGUUGAUAUUUUGAUAAAUGUUUAUCUUCAGAUUUGUAUAUUUUGGAAA